AUGGUUCAGCGCGUCGAGAAGAGCGACGCCGAGUGGGCCAAAGAGCUGGACAAGACGUCCUUUCAGGUCCUUCGCAAGAAGGGCACCGAACCCGCAGGUACCGGAGAGUACGACAAGUUCUUCCCCAAGGAGGGGCAUUUCGUCUGCAAGGGCUGCGGAAACCCACUGUACUCUGCGCAGUCUAAGUUCAACUCAGGCUGCGGCUGGCCCGCAUUCGACAAGUGCUACAAGGGCGCGCUCAUCACCGAGACCGACAUGACCUUCGGCAUGAAGCGCGUGGAGAUCAUGUGCGGGGCGUGCGACGGUCACCUUGGCCACGUGUUUGAGAACGAGGGCUUCACGCCCACCAUGGAGAGGCACUGCGUGAACUCAGUCAGCGUUUUGUACAAGGAGGGUCCCCCGCCUACUCCUCUCGAGGAAGAAAAGUGCACGUGAUGGGGCUGUAACAGCCAGCUGAACGAGUGCGGUGGACAAGACGAGCUUGCACGGCGUAGAUGGCGGCCGUAUCUCUAGGCAAAUGCGCGAUGCCCUCUAUUACGUAGUUCUAGCUAUCUUGAUAUCAUCAUUCCCCAAGUAAUUCGA